GUCUUCCCCCUCCCGAAAUCCCCACGCAACUGCGCGGCACCGGAGGACAGCAGCCCGCCGCGGAGGAGCAAAAAUCUCUGCUCCUCGUCUCGUCACUACUUAUUCACUCCGCUCUCCUCGCUCCUCUCCCCUCACGUCCUCCCCCCGCCCCUCCAGACCCCGAUCCGCUCAGUGACCAAACAUGGCGCCAUCCAUGAGCCUCGCCGCGAAAGGGCUGCUCCCCUUCGCGGCGCUCCCCUCGAGCGGCAGGCCGGUGUCCGUGACCGCCUCCCUGGAGCACAAGACAAGCGACUCCAAGAGGAAGCUCCUGAAGCUCGCGCUCGGAGGAGUCGGGCUGCCCGCCUUGUUGAGCGCCAAGAAGGCUCUCGCCGAUGACCAGGGCGUCUCUUCCUCGAGGAUGUCCUACUCGAGGUUCCUCGAGUACCUCGACAAGGACAGGGUGAAGAAGGUCGACCUGUUCGAGAACGGCACGAUCGCCAUCGUCGAGGCGAUCUCUCCCGAGCUCGGCAACCGUGUGCAGAGGGUUCGCGUGCAGCUUCCCGGGGUGAGCCAGGAGCUUCUCCAGAAGCUGAGGGAGAAGAACAUUGAUUUUGCUGCGCAUAACCAGCAGGAGGACUCUGGUUCCCUGCUGUUCAACCUUAUUGGAAACCUGGCCUUCCCGCUUAUCCUCAUCGGUGGUCUGUUCUUGCUGUCAAGGAGAGGAUCAGGUGGCAUGGGUGGGCCUAAUGGCCCUGGGUUUCCCCUUGGUUUUGGCCAGUCCAAAGCCAAGUUCCAGAUGGAGCCCAACACCGGUGUUACGUUUGAUGAUGUUGCUGGUGUUGACGAGGCGAAGCAAGACUUCAUGGAAGUGGUUGAGUUCUUGAAGAAGCCAGAGAGGUUCACCGCUGUUGGUGCCCGCAUUCCCAAGGGUGUGCUGCUUGUUGGCCCUCCUGGAACUGGUAAGACUUUGCUUGCCAAGGCGAUCGCAGGGGAGGCUGGCGUGCCGUUUUUCUCGAUAUCGGGAUCCGAGUUUGUGGAGAUGUUUGUUGGUGUUGGUGCUUCCCGUGUUCGUGAUCUUUUCAAGAAGGCCAAGGAGAAUGCUCCUUGCAUCGUGUUUGUUGAUGAAAUUGAUGCCGUUGGAAGGCAGAGAGGAACAGGUAUUGGUGGUGGAAAUGAUGAGAGGGAGCAGACUCUCAAUCAGCUGUUGACUGAGAUGGAUGGUUUUGAGGGGAACACUGGAAUCAUUGUUGUUGCUGCCACCAACAGGGCCGACAUCUUGGAUUCUGCUUUACUUAGACCUGGACGCUUUGACAGACAGGUGAGUGUUGAUGUUCCUGAUGUACGUGGAAGGACUGAGAUUCUCAAGGUGCACGGUAGCAACAAGAAGUUUGAUGCUGAUGUUUCUCUUGAGGUCAUAGCAAUGAGAACACCUGGGUUUAGUGGAGCAGACUUAGCGAAUCUUCUGAAUGAAGCAGCCAUAUUAGCAGGCCGACGUGGGAGGACAGGAAUUUCCUCAAAAGAGAUUGACGAUUCAAUCGACAGAAUAGUGGCUGGUAUGGAAGGAACUGUCAUGACGGAUGGCAAGAGCAAAAGCCUUGUUGCAUACCAUGAAGUUGGGCAUGCAGUUUGCGGAACUUUGACGCCUGGCCAUGACCCCGUCCAAAAGGUUACAUUGGUUCCAAGAGGUCAAGCUCGUGGUCUCACCUGGUUCAUUCCUAUGGAUGACCCGACGCUCAUCUCUAGGCAGCAACUCUUUGCCAGAAUCGUUGGUGGCCUUGGUGGUAGAGCUGCUGAGGAGAUCAUCUUUGGAGAUUCUGAGGUGACCACUGGAGCUGCUGGUGACUUGCAGCAGAUCACCGGCUUAGCCAAGCAGAUGGUGGUCACAUUCGGCAUGUCAGACAUUGGUCCAUGGUCUCUGAUGGAUGGAGCACAGAGCGGUGAUGUCAUCAUGAGAAUGAUGGCGAGGAACUCCAUGUCUGAGAAGCUCGCACUGGACAUCGAUUCAGCCAUUAAGCAGUUGUCAGACCAGGCCUACGAGAUCGCUCUGCAACAGAUCAGGGACAACCGUGUGGCUAUGGACAAGAUCGUGGAGGUGCUCCUCGAGAAGGAGACGCUGAGCGGCGACGAGUUCCGGGCCAUUCUUUCCGAGUUCACGGAGAUCCCUGUCGAGAACCAGAUUCCUCCGACCCCACAAGCAGCCGUCCCUGUCUAAGUUCGCCUAGCUUUUAUAGGGUUGGAAAUUUGUUGUUGUAAGAUGUUCAUAUUUUCGAUUCUUGGUGUAAACUAAUUCUACAGUCACCUGCCGGAAUUUUUCGGUGUACGACAUGUAACUUACUCGUGGUUAAUUAUAAAUGUAAUUACCUGAAAAAAGAUUUUGCGCAA